GGACAGCUGAAGAAGCAGGGAGCAGAUGAGGAGGGAGGAGAUCGAUCAUGAGUGACGAAUUCCAGAGUUGAGUUCGACAAGAGAGAGGAGUCGAUCGUACAAAGGACACAGUCGAUCGACAUGCACGUUUCUCUCGGGAUCUCGACUCGUAUCGGAGAUCUCCUACAAGCAAGAUCAACGGUCGUCACUCGUCAUCAGGAUCUCGACGUGGUAUGCAAUGAAGAAGGAUAUGGCGGAAGAGUGAAAUAUGAAGACGAUGAUUGGGGUCCGGUUCUCUUUCUGAGCGAGGACAAGGAGAUCUUUGUGAAGCCAAGGCCCAAGGAGGACUGGGAUCCAGUUAGCUUUGUGAGGUCAUCGUUGGCUGGAUUGGAUCCGGUUCUCUUUCCGAGGGUAGCAAGAGGGGUGGAGGGGGAGAAGAAAAGGAGGAGGAGGGGGGGGGGAUGUUGGAGUGGCAAGUUGAGUGCAGAGUCGGGACAGGGCACGCCAAUGGAGUGGGAUCGGGACGUGGGGGUGAACCUGGGUGGACAUGUAUCUGCUUGUUCUGGAGAUCAGCUUCGGCUCUCGAUUGACAUCAUGUGACGUGACAGACAGCAUUAAAGCACCAUGUGUCUCGCCACGUGUGACGGCGCUGCAGGAAGUGCCACGUGUCUCUCUCUCCUUGCUGCUGACAGACGGCACAGGGAGCGCCGUGGCAGUUUGUCCUUCGUCUCGCUGCUCCUCGUGUUUGGACAAGCCAGAGUUUAUUCUUCUUCGCCGAUAUUCUAUUUAUAGAAUCUUUCUAUUUAUAGCAUCGUCCAUCAAUCCAUUAAUUAACACAGGGAGCAAAGACGGCAACGACGUGACGAAGCCAUUAAUUAGCCGACACAAUCACCCCAUCCAUCAAGCAAUUAAGCAAUCAAGCAAUCAAGCAAUCAAGCAAUCAACCAGUCAAUCAAUUGCGGAUAUAAAUACACUUGGUAGCACUGUAAGUGUUUUUCUUUCUGGGCGGGGAAAUAGAAAAUGAUUGCGCGCCAGGAGGAGGAGGUUUUUCCCGCGCCAGCGGCGCUGCCAACGUGGCGCAAGUCGACGAAGAAAAGUGGAUGCCACGUCCUCCGAUGGAUUGGCAAUACCGGAAGAUCUCUGUCUCUCCAGACCCGUCUUCUGAUCACUCUUCAUCUUCUCCUUCUCAGCCUGCAGUCGCCGCUGAGGUCCGUGAGCACAGCAAAUGCAAAUGGAAAUGGGAACAGAUUGCGAGGCAUGCCAGCCUCCGGACCUGGUCCAUCUUCCACACCUGGUUCAUCUUCUGCACCUGGACCAUAUUCCGCUACUGAACCAGGAACAAGAGUUUCUUCUGGACCUCGUCCAUCGACCUUGUCACUUCCAUGGUGGUUGAAACGACUCGCUCUCGUUCCCGUCGACUUUUGCGAUUUCUUCAUGUACGGACAAGGAUAUACCGAUAUCCCGAUCAUUGAAGUCAGCCCCGAAAUCGGUGACCAUGUGUACGGCCUCCCCCUUACCAGCUCCGUCGUGCCAGGGCAGGAGGUGAAAGUGAUGACGGUGAAUUCGGCGGGGUGCAUUUUUCUGAGACCUGAAGGGCUGGACUUCUCUUGCUACAACCAAUUCUACACGAACGGCAAUCGCAUAGCAUCUCGCACGUUCAAUCAACCCAUUGACGCCUACCAGAGCAAACUUGUCUUGAUUCACUUCAGCAGCGUUGCUUUGGAAAACGGCCUUGUCCUCACUGUUAAUGACAAUAACUCUGAGAUAUAUCAACCUGGUCGUCGCUGCACCAUAUUCUGGACAUCAUAGCCUCUAUUAUGAAAAAAAGUAAAAAGUACUAUAAACUCUUUUAAUUUUUAGAAAAGGGAAAAAAAAAUGAAAGCUGACAAACUCU